AUUUUAUCCCCCCACCCCCCCCCGGCCGGGCGGCUUUUUGGAUAUCCUGGGUGGGUGGUGGUGGCAAAACUUUACACGUAGACUAGAACCGGAGUUUAGGACACCCUCGACAAUCCUGAUAAAUGUCUCCAACUCUCAGAUUUUGCACUAAAUUCUAUAGAAAGCUGGUUUUCUUUCUUUAGUCCGUCUGAAAAAUAAAAUGGAUUCCAGAUACAUUUCGGAGCAGCAGCCGUUGGUCGGGGCGAGGGUCGUCGGCCCCGGCUUCGGCUGCCGGGCGGGCCGCUCGGUGAUCCGCGACAACCGGGUCCCCGCGGCGGGGACCGUCGGCCCGGCGCCGGCGUGCGCUAACGGGCCCGUUUUUUACAAGUGUCGAGCGGACGGCGGCUGCGCGCGAGGGACCGGGCCGUCUGCCGGUGGUCGAAUGUUUCACGACGCGGAAAAAACCCUCCCCGGGGACCACAAAGACUCGGGCUCCUCAGGCAUCUUGAAGAGGGCCAGCCCGACCCACUGCCCCGCCGCGAACGGGCAGUCGCCGGGCGGCUUCGUGCACUUGGACCUCAGGAACCCAGGGAAACAGGCGGAGCCGGCCCACGGCCUCAGGGCGGCACAGGGGCGCAGCGGGCCCCGCCCUUCCUCCCACAUCCCCGUCCCCAGAAACAGGUACGGAGGGGAUUUACUUCUCAUCCGCGGAGCCGUGGUUUGUUUCUGCUCACUCGGCCUACGAGCUAAUUCCACUGCGGGAUUUUGUGGCGGGGCGAAAGAGACGUGUUCCUCGGCUAGAAUAGAAAUGGAACUCGGCCUUGGCAUAUGGCGGCUUGGAGCUUGAGCGCUCGACCGCGCGUUUGGUGUUCCGUCCAGGGGGGGUUUUGAAAGAGAGAGCCAGAGCCGGAGGUGAGGGCCAGGAUUGCCUCAGGCAAGGAGAACAGAGUAAAUAGAGUAGGAGGACGAUGUUUUCUAGUAAAUCAGGAAAACCACAUUCAGUUUUCAGGAAUCGGGAGCCUUCAUGACUAUGUCUUAGGUGCUUACUGAUAUUCCUCCAUCAUCCAGAGUGCGUCAACAAUGGUCGUGCAUGCAGCAUAUUCCGAUUUAGGUCCAACCGUAUGAUUAAAUACGUGCAAAUUUUGCAACGCCGACUUUUGGAAUGAAGGAAUGAAAGAGGGAGGCUGCGUUGGGUCAGAGGUCAUCCACCAGUCAGGAAUAACAGUAAAAUAUUCCUUUUCACGAGCCAUUUGAGCAGAUGUCUCUUAAGCCCGAUAAUAUCCCUCCUGACGAGCUAAGCUAGCGGAUGCACCAGUGCGAUGAGCUCACAGUGGGUCAGGCAGGAAGCUCCGCCUGCAACUGUGUGUGUGGUUUCUUUUUAGGUUUCAUGUGCUGCGUGGGGACUUUUUCCUCCUUUCGCUUUUUGCAUGAUUUCAAAACAUAUACACGUGCACAUCUGUGUUCGGAAAAUUCUCUGUUGGUGUUGAAGCAAAAAUGCACGCCGAAACAACCGACCGAAGAAGGGAGAAAAUGCCUGGUGCGGUGAUGAGUGAUUAUGUAACGGGCUGCAGGCGGGGCCCGAGCACAGCUCCCCUCCUUCCACGCGCGCUAUUGGUUACUGUCUCUGUCGAGGCGCUGUCGGUCUGCCAGGCGGCGCUUACGCAGCAGACGAUGCCCGGUGGCAGUACAGUAAGGUCUGAAACAGAGCAGCUCUUCACUUAAUCUGCAUAGCAACACCCGGGGGCUUUUUUUCUUCUUUUUAGUCUUAGCAAUGCUUCUAUUUUGCACAAAUGGAUUUGAAAACAUCUGCAGUUUGUCAAACAAACAGAUUUCAGAGUGCCUGACGGUGGGCGGCGUGUGUUGAGGGCCACGGUGACCCACAUCCCACACAUCCCAACGUCACGUGAACUUGUCGUGCCGCUGGUCAUGUAUGACAAGAGGCAGCGGGCGAGUCGCCCGUUGAGCGCUGGGUGACUUCUCGCUGGCGCCACAACAGAAAGCUGCGAGUUGACUCUCGUCUCUCUGGAGAGGUUGCGUAACAUUAUAUUAGCCACGCCCCUUCUGCUGACCUUUUCUUAUUAACUUGCUCUCUUUUUUCUUAUCCACAAGCCACAUUUCAACUCAAACCUUUGUAUUAUUCAGUCUAUUUGGAAAUGUAUUAAU